AUGGCGGCUCAGCUGAGGCGUAUCUUACAGCUCAAUAGCUCAGGCGCAGAUGUCGACGCUCAAGUCGUGAAGGAGAAGAACGCGCAGAUUGGCGACAACUUCUCAGUCGAAGGUGUCACGGUAUAUCAAGAUGCCAAUGGAGCUCCUGUGGAACAGGUCAGUCCCUUGGGCUACCACGUUGGCUGGUAUGGAAUCUUGUUCUUGAAUGUCAGCCAGAUGGUCGGUACAGGAGUGUUCAGUACUCCUGGAAGUAUCCUUCGCGCCUUGGACUCUGUCGGUAUGUCAAUGAUGUACUGGUUCUUCGGAGCUAUAAUCGCAGCGGCUGCAUUGGCCGUAUUCUUCGAAUACGCGUCUCUGUUUCCGCACCGCUCUGGUGGUCAAGUGGUCUAUUUGGAGCAGGCCUUCCCCAAGCCGGCAUUCCUUUUUGCCACCAUGUACGCUUUUAUCACGGUCAUAUUCUCGUUCUCGAGCAGUAAUGCCGUUGUUCUUGCUCGGUAUAUCUACCGCGCCGCGGGCUACCAAGCUGGAGAAUGGGCCAACAAGGGGCUUGCGCUCGCGUCAUACACCUUGCUGGCCUUCUUUUGUUUGAUCUCCAACAAAUGGUCGCUGCGUCUCAUGAACCUGAUCUCGGCCGUAAAGCUGAUCAUUCUGGUCUUCAUCGCGAUUACCGGUUUCGUUGUCCUCGGGGGCGGCACGCACAUCAAGGAUCCGCGCGCAAACUUCCGGAACAGUUUUGACGGGAUUACAAACAACGCAAAUGACAUCGUCAGCGCUCUUGUAAACAUCAACUUUGCGUACACGGGAUACUCAAAUGCCUUCAAUGUUGUGGCUGAGAUCAAGAACCCGCUCCACACUCUGAAGCGAGUAGCCCCCCUUUCGCUGAUUAUCGUGUCGAUUCUAUACGUCCUCGCGAACGUUGCGUAUUUCGCUGCCGUGCCUGCUGCAGAGAUCCGCGAAUCUGGGGAAUUGGCAGCCGCGAUGUUCUUUGAGGCUGUCUUCGGAACCAAGGCUGCAAAGGGUCUUCCUGCACUGAUUGCCGUUAGCGCUGCAGGAAACAUCAUGGCAGUCAUUAUCGGUCACAGCCGCAUGAUGCGGGAGUGCGCGCGACAAGGUCUUGUACCCUGGCCGCACGUUUGGGCGAGUACCCGACCCUUUGGCACACCGUUCGCACCCACGCUGCUAAUGUGGUUCCUAACGGUCGUUGUCAUCCUUGCCCUGCCAUUCGGAGAUGCUUUCAACUUCCUUGUCGACCUUCGCAGCUAUCCCGACAGUGUGUUCUUGUUUCUGAUGGUUGUGGGCAUCUAUUUCAUCAGGCACCGCAGAAAGAGGGAGGGUCUCCCACCGGCCCCAUUCCGAGCCUGGCACAUUGCCAACAUCAUCUCGGCUGCUGUGUGCUUGUUUAUACUCGUCAUGCCUUGGUACCCUCCGGACGAGAACGACUACUCUUUCUGGUAUGCAACAUAUUGCGCUGUCGGCAUAGGACUGCUUGUUGGCUGCGCCUUUUACUACUUUGUAUGGAUCAAAUGGCUACCGAAGCUGAAGCACUAUUCGAUCAGAACCGAGACGUUGGUUUCCGACCAGGAUGGCAGUGUGUCGCAUCGUCUCAGAAAGGUACCUAACGCAGAGGUCGAAGAAUGGGACCGAACCCACGACGAGGCAGGUAAUGUGCUCUCCGAGGCGGGCGGUGCGAGGAGCGUGGACGGCAAUCAACACUUGUUGAGGAGAGUGAGAGUCAGCGAUAGAGAGACGGCUGACGGUGUUGUGCUUGAGACCAAGGUAUAG